AUGAGAGCUAGAUUUGUGACAUUCUUUUCAUAUAUUGGAACACGAUUUAGAUCGUCUGAAAAAAUAUGGCUUAAAGAGGGUCGUAAUCAUCCAGACCCUGAGAGCGUUCAAGGUUUAAUGGAACUGGCACUACUUAAAAUAAGGCCAUUAAAUUACCCUAACGUAUUUCUAUCAAGCCGCACAGAUGGAGGGGUCCACGCUCUUAACACAUGUGCACAUUUUGAUUUGGAGAGACAUAAAGAAUUAGUUUACGAGCCUCCCUACCUAGAAAAUGAGAUCAAUAAAUACUUCUUUGAUAAUAACAUAAGCAUACAUGUUAAGAAGUGUCUUCAAGUUAAUGAUGAUUUCAGUGCUAGACAUAGUGCUUUAUCACGAACAUAUCUCUACAGAUUAGCAGUUAUAAAACCUGAAAUAAAAUUAGAAGAGAAGAUUAACAUUGCGACAUUGAUACCAAUUGAAGAAUGGAGAAGAUGUCACUUUAUUAAACCGAAAAAUUUUGAUAUAGAACUUUUCAAAGAAGGUGCUAAAUACUUUGUGGGAUAUCACGACUUUACAACAUUCAAAAGAUUCGACAAAUUAAAUACCCACAAACACAACAGGCGAGAAAUUAAGAGUAUUAAAGUUAAGGAGGGCUGUCCGUGUGUCACAAGUUAUUCAGCAAAAAGGGAUAGUUGUUUUAAUUAUUGGGAUAUUGAAAUACAUGGAAGAUCUUUUGUACAUAAUCAGAUACGUCGUAUGAUAGGUACAUUAAUAUCUGUGGCCACUGGUAAGUUACAACCGAAAGACAUUCAGGUGAUGCUACAGGUACCUUCCAAACACUCCUGGCAUUCUAUCAUACAGAACUGUCCACCCGACGGCCUCUACCUGGCUGAUGUGGAAUACAAGCAAGAAGAUCUUAUAUAUGAUCCAAAUAGGCUGAAUAUUUUGGACAGUAGACAUGAGUUUCUUGAAUGA